CAAAAACAACAACAGCAACUCUACCACAAAUAAAUUAUUUGCACAAUGUCUGAACGGGAAAAUAAUGUGUACAAGGCUAAAUUGGCCGAGCAAGCAGAACGCUAUGAUGAAAUGGUUGAGGCCAUGAAAAAAGUUGCCUCCAUGGAUGUUGAACUAACCGUUGAAGAACGUAAUCUUUUAUCGGUUGCCUACAAAAAUGUGAUUGGCGCUCGUCGUGCCUCAUGGCGUAUAAUUACCUCAAUUGAACAAAAGGAGGAGAAUAAGGGUGCCGAGGAGAAAUUGGAAAUGAUCAAAACCUAUCGCGGACAAGUCGAAAAAGAAUUACGCGAUAUAUGCUCGGACAUAUUAAAUGUUUUAGAGAAACAUCUCAUUCCAUGUGCCACCACAGGCGAAAGUAAAGUAUUCUACUAUAAAAUGAAGGGUGAUUACCAUCGUUAUUUGGCUGAAUUUGCAACCGGUUCGGAUCGCAAAGAUGCGGCCGAAAAUUCAUUGAUUGCCUAUAAGGCAGCUAGUGAUAUUGCUAUGAAUGAUUUGCCACCAACACAUCCAAUUCGUUUGGGUUUGGCGCUUAAUUUCUCGGUAUUCUAUUAUGAAAUUUUGAACUCACCCGAUCGCGCCUGCCGUUUGGCGAAAGCAGCAUUCGAUGAUGCCAUUGCAGAACUUGAUACAUUAAGUGAAGAAAGUUACAAAGAUUCCACACUUAUCAUGCAACUGCUGAGGGACAACCUUACAUUAUGGACAUCGGAUAUGCAAGCCGAUGGUGAUGGUGAACAAAAAGAACAAAUCCAAGAUGUUGAAGAUCAGGAUGUGUCGUAAUUUAAGUAAACCCCCCACAAAACAAAACAAAAAAA